AUGGAGAGCUUAACGCCCACGGAUAACAUUCCCUUACAGAAAAUAUUAGAGGCCAAAGAAAAAAUUAGGGGGUCAGUCAUACGAUCACCGCUCAUUCCUCUCAAUAAAAAUGUGCCUGGCAGAAAGAUAUACAUUAAACUGGAAAACUUACAACCUAUUGGAUCCUUCAAAAUCAGAGGUGCUGGAAACGCCCUAGCCAAUUUAUCUGAGGAUGAACUGAAGGACGGCGUUUAUACUGCAAGUGCUGGGAACUUUGCCCAAGGUCUUGCUUGGAAUGCCAGGGAAAGAGGAGUACCUUGUAACGUCAUAGUUCCCGAUCACGCACCUGUGACGAAAUUACAGGCAAUUGAACGACUUGGAGGAACUAUCUUAAAAGUGCCUUUUGACAAAUGGUGGGAAAUCAUCGAAACUCACCACUACAAGGGAGUAAAAGGGAAAUUCGUCCACCCUGUCUGCGAUCCUGCAGUCAUCGCAGGUAAUGGGACCAUAGGACUAGAAAUUGUGGAGGAUUUGCCGGAAGUCGACGUAGUCAUUUGUCCCUAUGGUGGAGGCGGUCUCAUAUCGGGGGUGGCAUCUGCCGUCAAAUCCCAAAGACCCAACGCACAAGUAUUUGCAUGCGAAGUUGACACAGCGUCCCCGCUGAAACUAUCAUUUGAUAUGGGGAAACCUUCAACUUGUGAUUACAAAGCUAGUUUUGUAGAUGGUAUGGGUGGUAAAUCGGUGCUAGAAGCAAUGUGGCCACUCGUAAGCCAUCUUGUGGAUGAUUCUUUGGUUGUGACACUACAGGAAGUUGCAAACGCUUUGAAGUUGCUUGUUGAAAUGAAUCAUGUUGUCGCAGAAGGUGCUGGUGCUGCAACUGUGGCCGCAGCACUGUCUGAAAAGUUCGCCGCCAGACUUCGUGGAAACAUAGUGUGCGUCAUAUCAGGCGGAAAUAUUGAUACCAAUAAAUUAAUGCAGGCAUUGGACGGCAACAUUCCACAAUAA